GUGCGCUGUUGUGUAAUAGUAUUGCUAUUGGAAGAGAAGGUGGCGUACCACCGCUAAUAGCAUUGGCGAGAUCUGAAUCUGAGGUUACUUUCAAUUCGCUAAAUGAAAUACUUCCAUUUCUUCCCUAUGUUCUUCUACUAUCCUUAAGGUUUAAAUAUGUCCUUGUAAAAUUAUUUUGUUGUUGUUCAUCCUUGUAAUCUAUGUGGGUUUUCAUUUUAGUCCAUCACCGACGAUAACAACCUCCGUUUGACAAAGAAACAACCUCAGCUAAUAAGUUUCCUCUCAUUCUUUGUCAUGUUAUCCAAAAAGUAUUUAAUUUUAUUUUUUAGAAGGUUGUUAAUACAUAUUUUAAAAAUGUGUAUAAUUAGUUUUACAUUGAUUUAACUCAUAUUUGCCUCAACAAAUUAUAAAAAGAUAAAUUUAAAAGUUUUUAGUAGUAUUAUGCAACCAACAAUAAUUUUUUUCUCAAUGGAGUGAUUUCGUAGUUAGAGAUGGACUAAAAACAAAAUAGUAUAUAUUAGUAAUAUUACAUGGAUGAAAAAGAAAAAAAAGUUAUUUUGCAGGGACCUAAAGUAAAGUGUGACAUAUUAUGAAAAUUCCUAAAAUGAAAUAAAAAAAAUCUAGGGGGUAAUUUCCAAUCAUGCCCGUUUUAUUAAAUUAAAACUGUUUAUACAUAAAGAGGAAACUGCACUUAUGAAUGCAAAAAGGGGUAAUUGUGUGGGAUGGAUGAGGUAAUAAUUAAUUAAAAACAAAUGUUUCAUAAUGAUUGAGCAUCCAUUCUAUUCUUUUAUUUCUUCCAACAAUAAAAUAUAUGGAACUUUUAAAUUUUGAGCAUCCAUUCUAUUCUUUUAUUUCUUGAAACAAUAAAAAGUAUGGAACUUUUAAAUGAAAUUGACUUGCUGUAUUGAACCGGACCCAGAGUUUGUUUAAAGCCUUCUUGGAUCAUUUUUGAAUAUCAAUAAGCUUAUUAUUAUGCUCUAUCAGGAUGUCCAUGAGACAGCAGCUGGAGCUCUUUGGAAUCUUGCCUUCAAUUCUGGCAAUGCUCUUCGAAUUGUAGAGGAAGGGGGUGUUCCUACCCUAGUUCAUCUUUGCUCUACUUCUGUCUCUAAAAUGGCACGAUUCAUGGCUUCAUUGGCUUUGGCAUAUUUGUUUGACGGAAGAAUGGAUGAAGUAGCACUAAUAGGGAGCUGCUCAUCAGAGAACAACUCAAAGAGUGUGAAUUUGCAUGGGGCAAAAAGAAUGGCUUUGAAGCACAUUGAAUCUUUUGUGCUUGCCUUCUCUGAUCCACAAUCUUUCUCUGCUGCUGCUGCUUCAUCCUCCCCUACAGCUUUGUCUCAAGUAACUGAAACUGUGCGCAUUCAUGAGGCUGGCCAUCUUCGAUGCAGUGGAGCUGAGAUUGGGAGAUUUGUUAAAAUGCUUCAAAAUCCAUCUUCUAUUCUCAAGGCAUGUGCGGCAUUUGCUCUUCUUCAGUUCACGGUUCCAAGUGGACGGCAUGCGAUGCAUCACGUGAGCCUAUUGCAAAGCCCGGGUGCGUCGCGUAUAUUGCGUGCAGCGGCAGCGUCGGCAAGUGCCCCGCUCGAAGCAAAAAUAUUUGCGAGAAUUGUAUUGCGUAACUUGGAGCACCAUCAGACUGACUCUUCGUUGAAAUAGUAGCUGCUACAUGUUAGUCUCCCCACCCCGCUCCCUCAAAUUAUAUAUGUAUUGUGCAUUGUUUGGUUUUUGUGUUUGCUUAUGUAUAUUGGUACCUUUCAUGCCCACCAACUGUUGGCUUGGAGCGUUGUUUGUAUCUAUUUUAGGUAGAGUUGUGACUUGUGACAUAGAAAGAUAUCAUCGUGGGAAGGCAUUGUGGUACAUAGCCCAGUUCCUUGAGUUUUUUUCAUGGUUUAUCCUAUAAAGUAUAAACACUCUUUUUUUAGACUAGAAAGUGUUGCUUUCCUUGUAGUGCUGCUUACAGUUUUUUACAUGUCAGCCAGUUCAUAAAGCUAAAUAGUUACUAUGUAUUUUACUUGUCACACCCAUAGUGGCGUUU